AACAACCGACUAGUUAAAUUUCUUCUCACGAGCCGUGAGCAAGCGGCUUCGGUCGAUUUUAAUCAUACGGAAAGGUUCUGAAAUUUUUCGCCUAAUUCUCUAAUGCACAUUAUUAAAUUAAAUCAAACCAAUAAAUAAUAAUGAGAUCUCAUAAAAUAUAACAGUGUUUAAAGCAAAUGUGUAUAUGCAUAAGUUUAUGUUUUUAUUCAGUGUAAAGUUUGAUGUAAAAUUGCAAAAACAAUCGCUCUAACUAUGGGGAGAGUUUUACACGAGCGAAUGCGUAGAUAUUAAUGUACGUACAUAUAUAUGUAUGUAUAUAUGCUCGUGAGUUGAAGAUUAUUAGAAUUGUGGCCACGAUAAUGGUGUUGGUGAUGGUGACGGCAAAAGUGAAGGCAAGUACUUUUGGCAACGGCUGCUUGCUUUUAACAAAUGAAAAAUUCCUAGGAAUUGAACGCGCUUAAGCCAUAUACAUAAAUAUGUAAAUUAGCAUUCGGUAGUGUAAAAAACAAAUAAUACGAGUAAUAAAAAAUAAAAAAUAAAAAAGUAAAAACGAAAAAGAUUCCUCAGGAACUAACAACCACCCCCUACCGUGUUCGGAUGUGUGCGUGCAGUGUGGAGAAGUAAUACUAAAAAUUUACCAUAUACAUAUUGCACAUUUUUUUCAUAAAAUCUGAAAAAAGGUUAACAUCAAAAGAUAUUGCAAAAUAAAUAAAUGUGAGCAAAGGGCAGGUUUUGAUGAAAGUGUUAAAUGGAAGACAACAAUCAAAAUACUCGUACACGCGUGAGAAAAACGAACUGCGUGCGUUAUGGAAAGCGUGAGAUAUGAAAUCAGCAACAGACCAUUGUAAUUAGCGAUCAAAGGGAGAAAGAAAGGCUCAGAUGAGCUGAAGAUCUUACACGCAUUAUCAGUAUUAAGAUAUACAAUUAUUGGGAUCACUUAUGCAGUGGAAGAUUAUAUCUACCCUUCUCGACUGAAACACUCAACGUUGCUACACGUAAUCAUACUUAAGUUUCACACGAUAAGGAAACAAAAAUAUGCUGCUCAUAAGUACUCUUGCACUGGGAUUGGUGGACUUAACAAAUCACAAUGCUGGCAUUCAGUUGGGUGUAUUCAAUUUGGCAACAACAGCGGUAGCUGCAGCUACAACCGUAGCGAUAAAUACAGCCGUCUCCGCAGAAAAUGUGGACACGGUGAUAAGUGGUACGAUGCCGUUGACAGCUACUGUAACGGGCAGCGUGGAGGGUGGGAGUGCUAAUGCCUUGACAACAGGCUCCGUCACUGGCACCUCGAUAGCGCACACAACGACAGCUGUUGGCAGCAGUGCGGGUAGUGGUACAAUCACGUGGGAUAACAAUGGAACUUUGCGAUCGCUCAAUCCUGGCGAUUGGUCGAUUGAACAGUGUGUGAUUUGGCAAAGACCUCACCAUCUUUAUUUCCAAUUGGGGAAUGCUUUCUUUCUACUAGCAUUUUUGGCGCCGCAUGGACCUUUUGGCGCAUUAUGGCUGCGUGCGCUCAUUCUCAUCGGCUGCACGCUAAUGGCGAUGUAUGGAUACAUGGUGGAGUGUAAGCCCGAUGUGGUGCUCUGGUCCGGGCUAUUUUUCAUCGUCAAUUUUAUUUAUCUCAUUAUUGUACUAUGUCGACUCCGACCUGUUCGGUUCGAUAAGGAAAUUGAGGGGGUGUAUGCCAGUUUAUUUAAACCUCUGCGUGUAACGAGACAUCAGUUCAAAAAAAUUUUGAGUUGCAUGAAAUUGAUACGAUCCUUGAAGUAUCAGGAAGUUUAUGCGCAAGAGAAGGUUACCAAAGUUGAUAGCUUAUCACUCGUUCUUUCGGGAAAAUUGGUGGUAUCACAGAAUCAGAGAGCGCUACAUAUAGUAUUCCCUCAUCAGUUCCUAGAUUCACCAGAAUGGUUUGGAGUAUCGACCGAUGAUUAUUUUCAGGUAUCUAUAAUGGCUAUGGAAGAAUCACGCGUUCUUAUUUGGCACCGUGACAAAUUAAAAUUAUCUAUAAUGGCCGAGCCGUUUUUACAAUCGGUGUUCGAUCACAUAUUGGGUCGCGACGUCGUCAAGAAGUUAAUGCAAGUGACGCAGGUAAGCGAGUCUAUAGCCAGUAAUGGAUUUUUACCAUCGGGUAAUUAUGAUGAUGCUGAGGAUAAGCCAAUGCUGAUUAUGAAAAAAAAUGUCGAGGGCCAUGGUCUAACAGCAUUAAUAAAUCGCCAACUUCAAGAAGAGCAUGUACCUUUACUUGGCCGUACGUAUAAGACCAAUACACUGCAUAUGGUGACCAGUCAACCAGUGCAACCGGCAAGCCACAAAAGCUCAUUGCCAUUUUCGCGUCCUAAAAGUAUCGUACGUAAAGAGUUGACGUCUCCAUGCUAACACUGAUUCGAUGAGUCGAGACUAAAAAUCGUUGCGAUCGUACGCAAUCAUAAAAGUGCAUACAUUUUGGCUCAGUCGUAAAUACGUAUAUAGAUAUUUUAAUGAGACUGUCUCAAUUGCUGCUACAUUGACGUCACACAGCCGACGACACAAAAAUGCUUCCACCACCGUCAAUCCCAGACACCGAAAAUGCCAUCACAAACAUACCUACCAUACCAUACCGAGUUUAUUCAUUGCUAACAUUUAUCUAAACAUAGUGCAAUUUUCUUAAGUUAAUACAAACACGUUGUACACAAUCAUACAUACUAUACAAAAAUAUAGAACGUACAUACAUACACGCAUGGACACUAAUAUUCACUUAAAGUUUAGUACAACUUAUCAUUGUUACGUAUGUACAUCCCUUUUUUUUGAAUAUUUUUUCAUUUCAUUUAUUCACUCCAUAUUAAUAUGAUAUUUUGAAAUAAAUAUAUAUGUAGUACGGAUGUGCCCAGCGUUGCUAUUAGAAAAAGAAUUAGGAUCUAUGUAUUUGAGGUCAUAGGUUAAUCCUGAACUCUAUACCCGCAAUGAAACGAGGUGUAUUUUUAAUUGUCAAUCAAUUAAAAAUAAAUAACAAAUUAUUCAUAAAUAAUACCAAAAAUUUAAAAAGUGUACACAAUAUAAAUUAAUGAUAAUAU